UAGAGAUCAGUGACUCAGACAGUACAACUUGAUUGAGGGCGCUAUUUUGACUCUCAUUCAUCAGAGAGCAGUUCAGUCAUCAUCAACAAUGGCGGAAAAACAAGCUUCUGGGAGCAGAGCAAAUUCGAGACGAAGCUCAACAAGUGCUGACGAAAGUGUCGAAGAAGCUUGUAAGAUAACACCCUUGACCCCAAGUCAGUCACCAGAAAAGAAUGAUACCGAUUCUGAUUCAGGUAAAGGAGAAGAACUGAAAACAAUGAAAAUUUCAGAAUCCGAUAAUGAAGGUGAAAGCAGCAUUUCUAAAAAUGGCAGCAAAGAUGCCAAAAUGAAAGGAGAUUCAGCUGCUAGCACAGAUAAUGGAAAAGAUGGUGAGGAUUCGGAAGGGCCGCUGGAAGAAGAUACCAGGUUACCUGAAGGAUGGAGGAGAAAAGUAACUCAAAGACUGACAGGGAAAUCAGCAGGAAAAUAUGAUGUAUACUUGAUAAGUCCGAAGGGCAAACGUUUUCGUUCCCGUAAUGAAUUAGCAGCUUUCUUUAAGGACAUUUCAUCUGAUUAUGAUGCUAAUGACUUUGACUUUACUGUACGUGGAACAGGAAAUAAAACAAAGAUGACAACAGCUAAGGUGAAACCAGCAACACCAAAAAAGAAACCGACAAAAAAAGUGACAAAGAAACCAGUAAAAGCUACACCUGAGAAAAAAAAGACUAAACCAAAACCUAAAUCACCAGCAGGUAAGACAAUCCGCAAAGUUGCGCAGCCUUCAACUGAUAAAAAAAGUAAAAUAUACAAUAAAGAACAAGCGAAGCAAAAGCUUCUUGUGAAAUUAAACUUCAGAGGAAAAGGAGAUGAAAAUGAGGAGGAGAAGGCAGAAGCAAGUGCACCGAAAAAAGCAAGGAAAGAAAAAUUUGAGUACCAAGUUUCUUUUAUAGGUACUGCAGCAAAGGGACAGGGCACCCUGCACUCAAGCCCUUUACACAAGAAUAAUGGAAAAAGAAAGACAUCUUCUACCAGCGAUGGAGUUUUGCAAAAGAAGAUGAAAGCAAGUGAACAUGAACCAUCAGUUUCGACUAAAUCCCUCCAUCGACAUGAGAAAGCUGUGAGUGCUGUAAAGAGAUACUUGAAAAGUAAUAUGACAACAAGAAAGAGAUCACCAUACUUUAAGAAACAACCAAUUCAAACGAGUUCCAACCAGCGAGUUCUUUGGACACCUCCAAAAUCGCCUUAUAAUCUCAUACAAGAAUCGUUAUUCCAUGAUCCUUGGAAGCUGUUGAUUGGUACAAUGUUUCUUAACAGAACAAAAGGUGUUGCUGCUAUUCCUGUACUAUGGGAGUUCUUUGAGCUGUAUCCCACAGCUGAAGUAACUCGCAAUGCAGAAUGGGAACCAAUUGCAGAACUCAUUGAACAUCUUGGUUUGAGUACGAAAAGAGCAAAAAUGAUGAUAAGGUUUUCAGAUGAAUAUUUAUCUAAAGACUGGGUGGAUGCUGAUGAAUUGCAUGGUAUUGGGAAAUAUGGAAAUGAUUCCUACAAAAUAUUCUGUCUUGGAAAAUGGAAGGAGGUUCACCCUACUGACCACAUGCUCAAUAAAUACCAUGACUGGCUGUGGGAAAACUACAAGGAACUUGGUCUUGAAUAGACCACUUGGUCAAUGAUGUCCAGAACAUACAGUUAAGUGUAGGCCAGAGGACAGUAAGUUUGUGAUUGCUCAAGAAUUAGUGGAUACAAGUUUUAUAUGGCUCAGGUUUACUUUCAAAAUGUCAUCAUUGUACAUCUAAUUACAAGUGAUACAUUAAAUAAUAUACAAUGCAUAUAAAAUAUUCGAAGAUUUAAUGGCAAGUCAUAACGUUUAAACUACAGUAAUAUUGAUAUUUUAAAGGCAUGAUUUAGAAAGGAAUUAUUGAAUUUUAAAAUGUUGUAAUAGGUUUCUUAGCUUAUAUUAUUCAUUAUGGUGGUUGAUAUACAGUACAGUAUACUGUAUAUAAUAUGUAAACUUUAAAAUAAGGUCUAAAAAACAGUACAUGAUUGCUGCUUGUAGAAAAAGGUUUAACACAUCUUUAUUGACUUUAUAGUGCUGGAAUAAGUGACGAUUUUUAAGAAUAGAUUGCAGGGAAAAAAAUGGUUUAGCCAAUGCCACUGCGAUUUUGCAAUCUCUUUGUAGAUUUGUCUUCAGCAAAAUAGAAUUGCUAGUAACUUUGUCAUACGGUGGAUGACGUUCCUAGUCAUUCGUUCGCAUUCUCCACCUUCUUUUAAGAUUUUGUUCCCCUCUGCCUUCCUGCGCAUUUAUGCUUAUCAUUUUCAAAUUGAAACUUGGACUUGAAGCAAAAUUACAACAAGGUGGUGUAUAGGUGUAUGUGUGUUAACCUAAAUAUAAUGGGUUCAUUUUAUAAGAUCAUUGAGUAUCACUAAUUAUUCUAUGAUAUAUUCUACCUAGUAAGUUCUUAUUUGUUUAGUGGAGAGCUUUAUAUAUAUAUAUAUAUUUGUGAUGGGAUGAUUCACUGAAUGAUUUUCACUGAUUCACUGAUGAUUUUGCGGUCAAAAUUUCAAUGAAUGUGGUCGGUGUUAAUACUGAUUAUUUCUUAGUAAUUUGAUCGAAUACAAUGUGGACGAAAUUUUUAUGAUGUGGCAAUAUAAUAAAGCAGCUUUUAAUAUUUGAAUGUAA